ACGGCGGACCCGGCGUGCGUCUCGCGUCAUAUCUUCCAACUCAACCGCCGCUUCCUGGCCGGCCCAGGCAGCCGCCUCGGGCCCCGCUCCUCUCUGAACCGCUAUCCGCAGACUGUCAUCAUUCCCCGGUAAUAAAAGCACAGGUUCUCCGCUCUCUGUGUGCGGAGCCGCGGCCGACAUGAGUGAAUGAAGAGGCUGAAAUCCACACAUCCUCAGCUGAAGUCCCGGGACUCGCUGCCAGCGGUGGGGCCGGAGCGGGUGGGGCAGCCUGAGGCAUAGCAGCCGUGGUGAUGGUGUUGGACUCAGGUGAAGUCUUCAUGGAUCAGGUUGAGGGUGAAAGUGUAGGGAGCCGCAGGGACCUGUUGGAGCCAGAUGUUCGAACAGAUCCACCAAAAACCAGUAGCAGCUCUGCUGUGACAACCAGACUGUCAGCCAAGAGGAGCAAUGUCACUAAGAAGGAGAGGGUGUCCCACAAUGGACUCCCAGCCCAGGCCAACAACAGCCAGGUAGAGAGGAGGUCAUCAUCAUUAAAAAGUGGAGCAACGCCCAGACCCCCCCUCCGCCGUCCCCUCAGUCUGGAGAUGACACCCCAGCGCCUGCGAGGGUCUCAGGAGCAGAUGGCGGACAGGCGGAUCAUGCAGCCUCCUUGGCGCAGUGGCUCUGCUGCCCCGUCGCCCCCGGCUCGCAGCCUGACCAGCCCCAGUCUUGGUGCAGGUGGCUGGAUGCGCCGCAGUGAAAGCACCUGCUCGGUCAACUACUCCCUGGGUCUCCGGGCCGGCAGGGGGCAAAUGCGACCUGCCACCUCCCUGCCACACAUAGCUAAAGGAGUAGGGGGCACGACACUGCCUACACCCUCCAGGCCCUGUCUGCUCGUCGCUCUCAGACCUCUUAACUUGGAGCAGGAGAAGGAGGUUUUCUUCCAGUCCGACUACAAGUAUGAGCCUCAGUUUGAGUACACCCAGCCUGAGCCGAAGAGUGUGCUGGAGAAAUACAGAGAGGGCUCAGGCCUCUUCCUGGAGCAGGCGGUUGGAAUCAUGGAGUGCGUCCUCAGGAAGUUUGGCUCCUAUGAGAACUUUGAAGAGGUGACGGGUGGAAACGUGCUCCCUAAAAGUCAGGUGUGGGCUGCUGUACGCAAAUAUCUGCAGAAAGAAGGCUGCGUGGGAGAGGUCGUGGUGCGUCUGUCUGACGAGCUGCUGUCUCAGGCGGUGAUGGUGGUGGAAAGCUGCCGUCCCACUCUGACUAUUAACCUGGCAGGGGCUCGGCAGCACUGGCUGGAGGGGAUGUUGAGACAUGAGAUAGGGACACAUUAUUUAAGAGGUGUCAACAACAAUCUGCAGCCGUGGUCCACCUCGGAAGGCAGGAAGCAGUUUGGCCUCAAACCGGCCAAUCCCACGGAGGAAGGCCUGGCCAGCCUGCACAGUGUGUUGCUACGGAAACAGCCCUACCUGUGGCGUGCAGCUCUGCUGUACUACACGGUAUACCACGCCACCAGCAUGAGCUUCAGCCAGCUCUUCAGUCACAUCGCACGCUUCGUCCAGGACCCUGACGUCCGCUGGGAGUACUGUCUGAGAGCCAAGAGGGGACAGACGGACACCUCGCAGCCUGGUUGCUUCAGUAAAGAUCAGGUCUAUCUGGACGGGAUCCUGCGAAUUCUUCGGCACCGAAGGUCCAUCGACUUCAAGAUGUUGACUUCUUUAGGCAAGGUGUCUUACGAAGACGUGGAGAGGCUGCGGCAUUUGGCGGUACUCCCCAGGACCAGAAUCCCACACUUCAUGCGUGACCAGGAGAGGUACCUGCAGCACCUGGAUCACAUUGUCGCCGUCAACGAGCUGGAUGAUUUGACACUGCAACAUCUGCUGCCCUGACCGUCCCUAGCACCGUCUGAGGCCAAGAAGAAGAACUGGAGGAUGCUGGUAAACACUGACUGUAACAUGUGGUGCCCUGAAUAUCACUUAAAAUGAUCCAGUAUUACCAAUGCUUUAUUUGAGCGAUUUUUGUAAAACUUGAAUGAUACGAACAAAAGGGACGUACACACUAACACCUCUAUCUACAUUUUCACUUUUGUCCAAUGCAUGUCUACGUGGCUUUUCCACAGAGCCGAGUACAGUUCAAGUGCCCCUCCCUCCCCCCAGCCUUUACUCCCACUAUGAAGUUACCUCAAUACUGCAACUUUACGAUGUAACCAACAUUAUAUUUGUAGAUUCAUACAUAACCACUGCACCCAACGCCUGUACAGGGCACUGCUAACAUGUCAUGUGCAGAUUUAAACAUAAUCAUAAUCACAUGCUUUAUUUAUGCAAUUAUUUAAGGUUUUUUUUUACUUUGAGAGAACAGACUGAAUGUCUCUGGUAUUAGCUUUAUACUCUCUUUUUUUUUAGACAUUUUUUUAAGCCGUAGAUUGUUUGCAUUUUAAAAAAGGACACCAAGGACACAUUAAUCCAAAACCCCUGGGGAAGAGGCAACUGAGGCCAUGAAUCUUUAAAAUAUCAAGUGCCAGUGGACUCAGUCAAAUAUUAAAAUAUGCCCCAGGGAGGUUUUAAAAUAUCAGUGUUAUUAUGAAGAUAAUCAGCUGCAUUGUUUCUGUCUUAAACCGUGUCCUUGGUGGUCUUUGGAUAUCAGUAUGCUACUGUGACGUGACCCAUGCCCGAGCUCCCACCUCUGCGCAGCAACCAAACUUUUUAUUUAAAACAAAAAAAAAAAUCAACGCCAAAGGAGUAGUUUAAUAUUUUGGGAAACAUGCUUAUCUUUCUUUCAGAAAGUAAGAAGAUUGGUACAGCAGAAGUGACUUUAGAAGAGGUGACUUUACUACAAAGUGUUGAAGAGUUCACUACAUAGUCCUGUAUGUAUUGAAACCCCCCCAGAUAGUGAGUAAGGAGUAGUGAUUGAGUGGGUGAUUUUGGGCACAGCCUCAGUUUCGCUACAUGUUGGCAACACCAGCCAACAUCACCCGUCAGCCUCAGCCUUUGUGUGUAGCCAUUAAGUGCAUUAACUUUGUCUUAAACUUGAAACAUAAAAAGUCAACUAAUGACAGUUUUUAACCAAUUUAUAAAACUAGUGUUUGUUUUAUUAGCUAAUUAGCUGCAGCUCAUAAAAUCUGCCAGUUACAGUUCAAUCAUUUCAGGCAGCAAAUUGACUGUUGGCAGCUGGAGCUGAGAAGCUGCUUUUGUUUACCUCUGUCUGAAAUCAAAGACCCAUUGUUCCAAAAAUCACAGAGAUUUUUGAUGCUAAAUCUGCCACCGUUUUCACUGUAAAAGUGUGUGAGAGCCUGACAGCCUAAGCCAACAGUCAAUUUUCCACAAUUGGCUCUGCCAUACUAUUAGUUGCUGUAGCUUACUCCUUCACUACAGUUGUUCCCCUCUUCAGCUCUGGCAAACCAAUCGUUGCUUCAUAAAAUGCUACGCUACCAGUGUGCCAGCACGAGAAUAAAAUGUCACCACAGACACCAGAUUUAAGAUUCCCAUGGCACUUAUAGACUUAAUCAGCACUGUGUGUACCUCUUUGUAGCAAAUGUCCAUUUAUAGGUAGAGAUAGUUCUGCAUGUAACUCUCUGUAAAUGGCCAACUGGUCUUUGCAUCUUGGACAGAGCAAGGCUAGCUCUUUGUCUGUCUCCAGUCUUAAUGCUAACAGUUAUUUAAUGGAUGAGGCUGCUGUCUUCUCAUCUGACAUCUCAGCAAGAAAGCAAAUAGGUAUGUUUCCCAAAAUGUCAAGCUCCUCCUUUUACAUGUAGAUAAAGUGCCUCAGUGGCAUCUUAAAUACACUGUUGGGGCUUUUUGUGACGCAGCCAAACUCAGCCAGUUAUCGUUCAUCCUCAUCCAGACAUGAGUCACUGGCUGAGAAGGAAGCGUGGGGUGUUGUGGGCGUGCCUUUGAUGGGUGUAGAGCUCAUCUGCUGUAGUUAGCUGUGUGUUUGUAAGCUGCUUUUUACUGUGUUUGACACAUAAAUAAUUCAGAUGUCAGUCAGGGCAUUCAUUUCAGGCCACGCCGUCUGUGAGCAGAAUUAGCACCGACAGACUGGGGAAAAAAAAAAAAAAAAAACAG